AACUUUAUACGAAAGAGAAGAAACAAAACGAAGAAUAUCUUUCUCUUUUGAUUAAUGCUCGUGACUAUUUUGGAAAUUGGUGGGAGAGUUUUCUCAACAAUACAAAACAAUAUGAUGAUUAUUCAAGGAAUUUUGUGAACGAUGGUCAAGUCGAAAAUGAAGAAGUUAUCGACUUAACAAACAAAGAUGGUGUUAUCGACAAUGAAAAAGAUUUUGAUUACGAAUACUAUCUUAACCUUGAUAAUACAAAUUUACUCGAUGAUUGUA